GUUCUAUUCAUACAAUAACAUUGGAGUCCGGGGAGCCGCUAUUGUAUAACGCUGGGAGGGGAUAAAUCCACGGACGCGGGACAGAAAGCGUGAUUCCACGCCUUCCCAAUGUCAAACACAGCGUCCACUCCACGCUAAAUGAAACUGCAUCUGACAAGGAUUGUCAAUGGCGACACAUUCAGGACACAUGAACUUUGCUCUUCUCAUGCUGCUUUCCAUCCUGUCAUUCACCACACAGAAUGACCUUGUAGUCAAUACUAGCAAUGGGAAAGUUAGAGGAAAAUAUCUUCCCGUGCUCGGUGGUAGUAUCCGAACCUUUCUUGGAAUUCCUUAUGCAAAACCACCUCUUGGCGAACUGCGAUUCAGAGCUCCAGAGCCUGCAGAAAGAUGGGAGGGGGUGUUAGAUGCCACCAACUAUGCAAAUUCUUGCUACCAGGUUCCGGAUACAUUCUAUCCAGGUUUUAUGGGUGCCGAGAUGUGGAACCCAAACACUAAGCUGAGCGAGGACUGUCUCUAUCUAAAUGUCUGGACCCCUUUCAACCAAGAUAGUCAGAGUCCACUGGCUCCUGUCCUUGUCUGGAUCUAUGGAGGGGGGUUUCAUUCAGGAACAUCCUCUCUGGACCUUUAUGAUGGCCGCUACCUAAGUAAAGUUGAAAGUGUUGUUGUGGUAUCAAUGAAUUAUAGACUAGGUGCACUUGGUUUCUUGGCGUUGCCUGACAACAACAUCCGGGGCAAUGCAGGUCUCCUGGACCAGCGGUUAGCUCUCCAAUGGGUAGCCAAUAAUAUUGUCGCUUUUGGGGGUGAUCCGUCACAGGUCACAAUUUUUGGGGAAAGUGCUGGGUCUGCAUCUGUCGGCUACCACCUCCUCUCCCCAGGUAGUCAUGACCUUUUUCAAAGAGCUGUCAUGCAGAGUGGUUCUCCAACUGCACCAUGGGCCUCAGUCGGCAAGACUGAUGCCUAUGAAAGGUCCAUGAUGCUGGCAACUUUAAUCGGCUGCCCCACAUCUUCUCCAGCUCAACUGGACAUCUGUUUACAAACGACUGAUCCUUGGGUGAUAACCUCACUGCAAUUUGAUGUUGUCACAGAACCUACAAUAUUGCCCUUUCCCUUUGUACCUACUGUGGAUGGGGACUUCCUACCUGAUGAAAUUCAAGUGUUGCUGCAGAGUAAUACACUUCCAAAGAAAGAAGUGUUAUUUGGAUUAAACAAGAAUGAAGGGACCUACUUUUUAGUUUAUGGGGUGCCAGGAUUUAACAUCACCAGCCAGAGUCUCAUCACCAGGAUGGAGUUCAUGGAAGGAGUGCGGCUUGCUAUGGCAGACUUAGACGGUGUUGCAGAAACAGGAGCGAUUUUCCACUACACCGAUUGGACGGAUGAGCAUAAUAGGAUGAAAAACCGUGACUCCCUGGGGGAUCUGGUUGGAGACCGAUUUUUUGUUUGUCCUUUGUUAGAGUUUGCUCACAGGUACUCACAACAGGGCAGUAAAAUGUUCCAAUAUUUUUUUGACCACCAAUCUUCCUUAAAUCCUUGGCCAGCAUGGAUGGGUGUUUUACAUGGUUACGAGAUAGAGUUUGUGUUCGGAAUGCCACUGAAUGGAACAUGGGGAUACACAAUGACGGAAGUGAACAUGACCAAGAAGUUUCUGAAACACUGGGGCAACUUUGCAAGGACGGGAAAUCCAGGAAUUGACGGGGUUGCAUGGCCCUUGUUCACCCCUGAAGGCCAAGAGUAUUUCACACUGAACUCUGACCUUCCAGAAAAACGAAGUAUGAUGAGAGCCAAAGACUGUUACUUGUGGAAUAAAGUGAUGCCGGGAAUACAGAAGAUUUCUGAUGAGCGAGAGGCUUGUAUGACUGCAAAUGGAAUAAUGCUCCUCUUCAAUUUCACGUUUCUUAUGAUUUCAUUGUUUAUCAUGUUAGUCUGUUGGUAAAGUACGCAGGAGGAAAAUCUUUUUCUUUUCUUGGCGACAAUAGCUAAAGUUCUUAUUACAUUUUAGACCCGACUGAAUUAAAUGAAUUGUGUAUACCACACUUCGACAACAAUCAGAGAACUGGACUUGAAAUCAAAGAACUGGACCUGAGUGUCAUUUUAAAUCAGAUGUAUUCAUGCCCACAUUGGCGCAAAAUGCACCUUUCUAACCGUGCCAGGCUGUGUCUCCAAAAAUACCAAAACCCAGUCGAGCCCAACCCUGCGCAGACUUACUGCGUCUCAUGCUAGACUUGCACCAGGAGCAGAAAUAGAGCAAGUUGUGUUACAUUUCAUGAGGCCAAAGUGUUUUUUAUUUUACUUUUAACAUCAGGGAAUGUCUGUAUCUUUACCAAUAUAUUUGUUUCUAUGCAUAUUAAUAAAGUAUUGGCAAUACGUGCAUAAAAUGCAUUACAAGGGAAGCCUUAAUCCAUGUGAAACAUGAUGUUUUAUAGUAUUAAAUUAGCCUAAAAUUUAAGUGUUUCUCUUUUUUGUUUUUUUAAAAAAAGGGUUUUGGUUUAUUCAUAACAUGUUAACAGUAAAAUAAAUUAUUUUUGAAUUAUGAGGUGUUGUUAUUCUUUUGUAUGUGUGAAAGAAUAAGUCAGCACACACACUAAACACACGCUAAAAUAUAAUUUACCAACAUUUUCAUUAACAUAAAAAAUAAAUAAAAAAAUUAAAAAAAAUACCACAUCACAGUCUAAUUAAAGAAAGAAGGAAUGGUCAUGCAUAGAAAAACUGCAGGCAUGACAACUGAAUACAACAAUUAAAAUAGACACAGUUGUUUCAUGCCCAAACUAGGAAAGAGGGAUUUCAAUUGAUUAAAAAAAUAACAGCUGCCGGGGGACAGACGUCAAGAUUGAGUGGUGAUCAACAUUUUUGACACAUUCAUUAAUUAGAGUCCGCUCCCACACGUCUACAGAAAUGAGCAUUUUCAACACAAAGGCAUAGUUAAGGUGGGACGUGUUGUCAACGGCUUGACAGUGGACUUUAACAGUGAUUGCCAAGACCAUUGUUCCAUUCAAGCAGAUAAAUGAGAAGUAUUCA